GCGUAUCUUAUUAUUACGAUGUGAAAAUACAAUACAUGUACAAAAUCAAGAACCAAGAAAUACGCGACACUUCAGUCAUCUCCUCCCCUGCUGAUGCUGUAAAAAUGAUUCCUUGUUGGAAAAUAUGUAUUCUGAUCCUGCUGCUCAGUUACGUGAAUAAUGUUGAUGCAGACUUCAACAAUCAAAAUCAAGAAAUGAGGCAGAAACGUGAAACUCAUUACAUUGACGCAAGAUCAAGAUUGGGUAGACUGGACAUUGGGCCAAGUUUUCGCAAUAAACGCGAUAAUGCUAAUGAACACGCAAAACUAUCCGUUGAAAAUUCCUUGGAUUCUGCUGCAGAAAGUUUGGCUGCUGCUGAAAUGUCAAUAGCUGCUGGAAUAGAGGCUGAAGAAACCAGGAUAGCUUUACAACCCGAGAAAAUGUCAGAUCACAACAACAGAAUUGAAGAAAUGCGCAACGAAUCUUCGUACUCAACUAUGCUAUCUGAUAACAACCCCCAAAUUCCAAAAGGAGCAGACAUUGAGUUCUCCAGAUUCUUGAAGGAACACAAGGAUGGUCAAUUACAGAAGUUGAUGACAGAAUCUUCCGAAUUGGGAAAAGAAUUACGAAUGGUUUUCGAUAUUUUAUCGAAGCGGGAAUCACAGCUAAUUGAUGAGAUGAACCGGCUAAAAAGCUCACUAACUGGUGCUAUUUCCGUUCUGAAGCACUCCUCUUCUACCGCUGAGAAUUAUUUCAACAAACGAAAUCGACGUGAAUUUGUGAAUUUUCAAGAACCUCCGUAUAAAGCUUGUGUUUACAUCGAAUCAUUGCCAAAUCAAGAAAAUGUUGAUGAGACGAUCCAAUACCGUCCUCCAGAACCCCGAGUUAGGGAAUUUAUUCCAGACCAAAGCAACAAUUACAAUGAUUAUGAUAAGAACGAUGAUACUCAGCAUUAUCAUCAAGUUGACAGAAAUUUAAACAAGGCUCAAUAUAUGAACAGUGAAGCUGAACAUGCAAACAUGAACUCCAUUACGCAAAAGGCGAGUCGGUUAUCAAGACCUGGAAACGAUGAUAUAGAUUUGAGCAAAGUGUACUGGGUCAAACUUCCGGACAAGUUGAGUGACGAGAGCGUGCACGCUAAAGUUGAAGCUGUCUUUGGAGAAGUAGGUAGUGCAGGGAAGGAUGUUCUGAUAAUUCCAGUGUCUCGAGAUUUCACCUCUAAACAUCAAGUCUCCCAAGGAUUUUUAAAAGCUUUCGGACUUCAAUCUAAUGCGGCUGCGGCGCAAUCCAGCAGCACUGGCAAUAGGAAACAUCCACCAGUAAAGGUGGACAUCAAGGAAGUUAAAGUGUAAUGUACAAUUUCUCAUAUUAUCAAUGUGCACAUCAUGAAUAUACAAGCAUAAGGAAUCAUAAUAAAUAAAAUAUAUAAUAUAACAUA